AUGCCUCCUUCGAGGAACAGAAACCAUAGGAUCGAGAAGUCAGAUAGAGCAUCUCCCCAAUCUCCAUCUUCGCAUGCAUCUACGUCGCGGUCAAGCCGCGGUUCUCGUCAAAACGCCUCAGGACGCGUCUUCACAGACGUAAUUCUCACGAUAAAACCCGUAUAUGCGGGCUUGAUUCGGAAACGCGAGAAAAACCACGAGUUCCGAGGAUACAGGCUGCGCGCCGGAGUGCAACGUCUAUGGUUAUACGAAUCUUCGCCUGUGUGCGCCCUCACCUGUUUAAUUGAGACUGCAGCGCCCAAAGUUCCAGGCGAAAUCUGCGAUCCAAGCGGGAUUGGCAACGAUGAAUUCGACGCCGGCCAGUCCGCGUCAUAUGCAUAUCCCAUCCUGGGGCUCUUCACUCUCGGACAACCCGUUUCUCGCGUAGAGAUGAAAGCGCGGUUUGGUGUUUAUGCUCCCCAAGGGUACUGCUAUGCGAAAGAACAGCUGCUCACGGGACUACCAUUGGAUGUGAUGGACAGGUCAUUCUGA